CUAACUAUUUGUGACAGUAUUUUUAAACAUGCUGCUGCUGUACGUAAUCGUUGUAGUUACGCUCUUCCUGGUUAUCAAACGAUACAAGUAUUUGAAGCAAUUCCGUAAUUUCAGUGGACCUCCACCAUUACCGAUUAUUGGGAAUUAUCUGUUUUUGAAAAGAAAUACGAAAAAUAUUGAUAUUUUCAACGAAUUUCCUGCGAAAUAUGGAAAGACCGCAAAAAUAUUCACCGGCUUGCGACUGAGCUUGCUAACGACUGAUGUGAAACUGUUGGAAGUAGUCAUGAAUUCAUCAAACUUGAGAAAUAAAUCAGACGAUUACAUUAUGCUAUUGAGUCGAUGGCUGGGCGAUGGUCUUCUCAUCAGUUCAGAUGAUAAAUGGCGAUCGCGCAGGAAGAUCCUAACACCAGCUUUCCAUUACAAGAUCCUGGAGGAUUUCAUCGAGGUGUUCGAAUCGAGAGGAAAGUUCCUGAUCGACAAUCUGCUGAAAGCCUCCAGCGAGGAUUGCGUGAAUGUGCACACAAUAGUUAGUCUCUAUACGUUGGACGUUAUAUGCGAUACUGCGAUGGGAACAGCCGUGAACGUCCAGUGCAACCCCGAUCACAAAUACAUGGAAGCGAUAAAAAUGAUGCAGGAUAUUGCAGUGGUGCGCAUGAUACAUCCGAUUUAUAGAACCGAAUGGACGUAUAAGUAUACAAAUCUUUAUAAAACCGAGUUGGAAGCUCUGGAAACCAUUACCAGCUUCAGCCUCGGCAUUAUUGAGAAACGGAGAAAAUUUUUGGAGUCACGUCAUUCCGAUGAUGAAGAUGAAUGCGACGAGUUUGGUAAACGUAGGAAGAUGACCUUCAUGGACAUCCUGUUGAAGAGUACUAUUGAUGGUAAACCAUUGACCAACGAAGAGAUUCGCCAGGAAGUUGAUACUUUUUUAUUCGAAGGACAUGAUACUACUUCAGCGGCAAUAAGCUUCACCUGUUACAACCUCUCAAAGAACCCGGAGGUGCAGAAACUAGCGUACGAGGAAAUUUGUCGCGUGUUACCAACAGAUCGCGCAGUUACAAUCGAAGAUCUUCAAAAUUUAAAAUAUUUGGAGAUGGUAAUUAAGGAAUCUCUAAGGCUGUAUCCAUCAGUCCCGUUUCAUGGACGAGUAGUAGGAAAAGAAUUUGAAUACAAUGGAACCAAGUUUCCAAAGGAUUUAAUGAUAACCAUAAACCAGUACACUUUGCACAGAGAUCCUGUUGAAUUCCCGGAUCCCGAGAAGUUUGAUCCUUUGAGGUUUACAGCUGAUAAACAGUCUAAACGCCAUCCGUUAGCUUACAUUCCUUUCAGCGCCGGUCACAGAAAUUGCAUAGGUCAAAAAUUUGCUAUGCUUGAGUUGAAGACGGCCAUAUCCAAAGUGAUCGAGAACUUCGAGUUACUUCCUGUACCUGGAUACAAACCACUACUAAUUUCCAAGAUCACGUUAACGUCAGAGAACGGAAUCUGCGUUAAGUUGAAACCCCGCAGCUGUUGAUUCUCUAUAGUUUUGAAAAAAGAAAUAAAAUUUAGCUAUUACUAUUUGUAGAUAUUGAUUGCUUCAGAAUUAUUUGCCGAGAUUCAGGAAAUUCGAGUCGGAAUUAG